AUGCCGUUGCAUCCCAUGUUUCUUGAACCUGAAAUUCAUUCAACUAUUUUUUUAUGUAUUAAUUUGAUUGGUUCUAUAAUUGUUCGUCUUCUUCUUCAUGCAUGGCCAUUAACAAUAUUUUGGUCAUGUUUUUAUAUUAUACUUGUCGGUCUAAUAAAUCAUAGUUUAGCUGCCGGUCGUUAUUACUUGCCAACCAGGAACCUUCACAAUCAAAUUGUUAUUGUCACUGGUGCAGCUACAGGUAUCGGUCGUGCUUGUGCUCUUCGAUUUGCAAAACUCGGUACUUGUGUUAUUAUUGGCGUUCGAGGUCAAGAGCGCGCAGAACGAGUAGCUAAAGAAUUAUCUGAUGAGUCAUAUGGUGGAACUGUAAUUGGAUAUGAUCUUGAUUUAUCAAGUUUAACGAAUGUGAAAAACUUUGCCGAAAAAAUUGAACGUGUUGAUAUCUUACUGAACAAUGCUAGUACUGUACCAGCAACGUACUCGUUAACAGCUGAUGGAAUCGAAAAACAGUUCGGUACAAAUCAUAUUGGUCAUUUUUAUUUGACUCAACUUUUAUUAUCACGAUUGACUAAUGGUCGCAUUAUAAAUGUUAGUAGUUUAGUUCAUCAUAUGGUUCCAUCAACAGGAAUCGAUUAUACCUUUUCAAAAUUGAAAAACAAAUACAGUGCUUCAGCGGCGUAUGCAUCAUCAAAAUUAGCACAAAUCUAUCAUGCAAGUGAAUUAACACGUCGUUAUGGUGUUAAAGCUUAUUCUUUGCAUCCCGGUACAAUUAUGAGCACAAAUAUUAAUCACAAUAGAUCUCUCAUAAAACGAAUUCUAUUUCAAUUACUUUCUGUAAUUGGCAAAACAGUAGAACAAGGUUCGAUGACAUGUCUUUUCUGUGCAUUAUCAAAUGAUGCUGUACCUGGACAUUUUCAUUCGGAUUGUCAAGUGAGAAAGCCAAGUCAAUUAGCAUUAGAUAAGCAUCGAGCUGCCGAAUGUUGGAAUGAAAGUGAAAAGUUAAUUAAUGAAAAAUUAAAAUAA